AUGCCAAUAUUAUGGACUUAUUAAUGUAUAAGGAUCUAAUUAGAUGGGUUGAAAUGCUUUGAUUACAUUGAGAAAAUGUUUAAAACUGUUUAGAAAUUUAUGCUUUACUUGGAAUAUAGGAUAGCUAAUGAAUUAGAAGUACAAAAGAUAUUUGUGUAAGAUUGA